ACCAACUCCGCACCAUCGUCCUCGGAGUGAAACACUGGGGCAGUCGCUGCUCCGUCUUCGCUUUUUUCGGUUUGUUUUUCUGCAGCGGGCGCGCGCGUGUGUGUGUGUGCGUGUGCUGUAAAUUAGUUGUGAGCAUGCAAGGCAUCGGUCGUCACCGAAACAAGGACUCAAGGAGUACAUGGACAAAUCGGCAACUUAUAUUUUACAAAUGUACUUUAUAUUUAUUCAUCUUUAGUCUGGAACUGAAGAGGAGCGUCACGGCGCCGCUGGACUCUGACGAUUUUGCUUUCUUCAAUGAGGGCCCCCAGGGGUGCCUGGGAGUGCGGGAUCACUCCCUCAUCUUGUCAACCUCCUGUGAGGAAGACAGCCAGCGCUGGAAGUGGGUGACCCGGGGUCGCCUGUUCAACCUGGGCUCCUCACUGUGCCUGGGCGUGAUCACUGGGAAUGUCACCUCCAAUCCGGAAAAGUCUCCUCUGGGCGUGUACACCUGUGACCGUGAGCCUCCCAGAGUACGCUGGACCUGGAACUGCGGCCAGGUGUUGGACAACCUCAACAACUACCUUCCCACGCCCAUGUUUUGGAACAGCUCCUCAACCUCCUCCCCUUCAAAUCUCAAAUGGACACUGCAUGGCGGUCUGCAGGACCUGUGCUCUAAAGCAUAUCGUGAGAUCUACACAAUCCAGGGGAACUCUCAUGGCCGCCCCUGCUAUUUGCCCUUCCUGUAUGAUGGCCAGUGGUUCCACAACUGCACCAGUAUCGGGCGUGAGGACGGUCACCUCUGGUGCGCCACCACUUACGACUAUGGCAAAGACGAGCGUUGGGGCUUCUGUCCUGUGAAGAGCAGUGGCUGCGAGACAUUCUGGGAUACCGACCCACUGACAGCCAGCUGUUACCAGUUCAACUUCCAGGCUACGCUGUCAUGGAGCGAGGCUCGGAUCAGUUGCCAGCAGCAGGGAGCAGACUUGCUGAGCAUCACCAAGCUGCAUGAGCAGACAUACAUCAAUGGCUUACUCACAGGCUACAGUGCUGCUUUGUGGAUCGGCCUCAAUGACCUGGACAUCAGUGGAGGCUGGCAAUGGGCUGACUCCUCACCACUCAAAUAUCUCAACUGGGAGUCAGACCAGCCAAACCAUGCUGAGGAGGAGAACUGUGCUGUGAUAAGAACUGAGUCAUCAGGUCGUUGGCAAAACCGCGAGUGUUCUGUUGCUCUGCCGUACGUCUGUAAGAAGAGGCCCAAUGCCACUCUGGACCCCUUCACUACUGACUCGUGGGCAGAUGAUGAGAAAUAUGAGUGUGAUGUGGGCUGGCAGGCCUUCCAGGCUGGCUGCUACAAGUUGACCUCAGAGAAGAUUGACUGGGAUACAGCUCAGAAAACCUGUCAGAGGAUGGAGGCCAACCUGGUCAGCAUCCACACCCUACCUGAGCUAGAGUUCAUCAUACGCAACCUGAAGAAAGAUAUAGACCAGCUAUGGAUAGGGCUCCAUGACACUGAUAUGCAAAUGGACUUCCAAUGGACUGACCACACGCCCGUCAUCUUCACCUACUGGCACCCCUUUGAACCCAACAACUUCCGCAACACCCAAGAAGAUUGCGUCUCCAUCUGGGGAGCGGAGGGCCGCUGGGAUGAUAGCCCUUGUAAUCUGACUCUGGCCUCCAUCUGUAAGAAACCGGGAACAAAGAGUGAUGGGAAGCCACAGCACCAAGACUGCAAACAAGGCUGGAAGUGGCACAGCCCAGCUUGUUACUGGGUGGGAGAAGAUCUGUUUACCUUUGAGGAAGCCAGGAAGUCCUGUGAGGACCAUGAAGCCGCCCUUGUUACCAUUAACAAUAGGUUCGAGCAGGCCUUUGCCAACAGCCUGGUGUUCGGCCGCUCUGGUGAUUCCUUCUGGAUCGGGCUCCAUGACCAGGUCAACCCCGGCUCUUUCCACUGGCUCAGUGAGGAUAAAGUGUCCUACACAAACUGGAAUCGCGACCAGCCAGUCAACGUCCACGGCGGCUGCGUCUCCAUGGCAACGGGCUUCGCAACAGGUCUGUGGGAGGUGAGGGAGUGUGCGUCAUCAAAGGCAAAAUUCAUCUGCCGUCAGAACCAGGACACGUCUCUGAGCCCCGAGCCCCCCGUCCCUCAGCCCACCCCAAGCCUCAGCGGCUCCUGUCCCAGCGGCUGGAAGAGCAAAAGCAACCUGCACUACUGUUACAAGGUGUUUCACUCCUCGCAGAUGGAGAAGAAGCUGAGCUGGCUGCAAGCUCACCUGUCCUGCCGGAGACUCGGAGCCAACUUGCUGAGCAUCAGCAGCCCAGAGGAGGAGCACUUCGUUCAGCAGGUCCUCCAUGAGGCCGUUGGGGAGUCGGAGGACUACGAUCUGCACUGGUAUUGGAUUGGACUGAACCGCAGAAACUCAAUGGACAAUGGCAGCUGGAAGUGGAGCGAUGGACUGGCUUUCACGUACCAGAACUUCGGCCGCUCCUUCUACAACAUCAGGCAAUGCGCUGCAGCAGACUUGAGCACUAUGAUCUGGCUGGCCAUGCACUGUGACACUGAGUUAGACUGGAUCUGCAAGAUCCCCAGAGGUAGUAUUGAGAAGGAAACGGACAUCUCUGAAGCCACCACUUCACCGGAGUGGAUUGGCUUCCAGGAGGCUGAGUAUAAAUUUUUUGACCACCGCACCACUUGGGACCAGGCCCAGAGGAUUUGCUCCUGGUUUGACUCCUCGCUGGCCUCCGUCCACUCAGCUGAGGAGGACGCUUUCCUGGCAAACACUUUAAGCAAGAUGGUGAAGGUGGAGGGUGACAACUGGUGGCUGGGGCUUCACACCUCUGAAAACGAUGGCCGUUUCCGCUGGUCAGACCACUCUGUGCUGAAUUACGUGUCCUGGGCCCUCGGGAGGCCGCACCCAGUCAGCCGUGAUCGCAGAUGUGUCCACACUUCCGCCAGCAAAGUGGAGUGGGCUGAUCAAAAGUGCCACUCUGACCUGCCCUACAUAUGUAAGAGAGUGAAUGUCACAGGCACCAUUCCUCCAACUCCAUCAUCCCCCCACCCACCUUCAGGCUGUCCUGACGGAUGGUCUUCCUAUCAACAUAAGUGUUUCAGAGUUUUUGAUCAGCCGUACCGAGUCACAUGGUCUGCAGCCAAGAUCAAAUGUGAAACGCAGAGAGGUGUACUGGCAGUGGUGUCUAAUCAUUUGGAGCAAGCCUUUGUCACUACACUGCUUCAAAAUGCCAGUGUUGAGCUUUGGGUGGGUCUGACCUCAGAUUCUAAAGGUCAUUUCCAGUGGGCCAAGGCUGGCCUCCUCAGCUACACCAACUGGGCUCCCGGAGAGCCACUAGACAACAGCGGACCACACCACGACAAGAACCCGGGAAACUGUGUGGCGAUGAUUCACGGGAACCCACAGAAGAACACCGGCAUGUGGGCGUCCCGCGCCUGUGAGAUGGAAAGCAAUGGCUUCAUCUGUCAAAGGUCACAAGACUCAGGUCUCCCUGCGGCCCCAGCUCUUAUUCCUGCCUCCCUGUCAAAGCCCAUAGAGCUGGGUGGAGUGACCUACCGCAUUGUGGAGAAGCGUCUGGACUGGACUGGUGCUCUGCACCUCUGUGAAUCUUUCAAUGGGACCCUUGCCACAGUGAGGGACCCCUACCAGCAGUCUUACCUCACACUGCUGAUCAACAGCCUGCACCGGCCUGCCUGGAUUGGUAUCUACAGUUAUGGAGGACGGAGCUACUGGCUGGGUGAAGAUGAAGUGUCGUAUUCAAACUGGAACGAUGGGGAGCCCCAUCAGCUGACUGGAUGCGGUCACAUGACCACUACUGGGCAGUGGACUAUGACUCACUGUGAUGUUAAUCUACAGGCUGCUAUCUGUCAAAUUGGUGAUGAGCCUGUGCAUCAUGAGUGGAUCUACCCCGGCGAGUGCCCCCACUCUCUGGGGGAGUGGUCGUGGGUGCCUUUCAGAAACCACUGUUACGCCUUCAACCUGCAAAGUCUUAGACUGCAGCAGGAUGCACGUACAUCCUGUAAAAAAGUGGGAGCUGAACUUCUCUCCAUCUUGGAUGCGACAGAGAAUGGAUUUGUAUGGGAACACAUCCAGAGCAAUGCGGAGCAGGCGCACGGAGCUUGGCUGGGCGUCAGCGUCAGCGUGAACGGUAGAGGCCUAGUGUGGAACGGGGACACAGUGAUGUCGUACAGCAACUGGGAGGCUGAUGUCGGCUUCUCCGUUCUGUCCCCAAACUCCUGCUUCUGGAUCCAGAGCAACAGCGGCCUGUGGAAGCCGGGCUCCUGCAGAAAUCGCACACAUGGAGUCAUCUGCAAGAUGCCUCGCACUGCGGAAACCUCACCUGUUAUAAACUUGGAUGACGACCACCUGCCCACUCUGAUUGUUGUCAUGGUGACGGGCCUGGUGCUGGUGGUGCUGAUAGUCGGCGUGAUCUACUUGUACCGUCGGCGAACUGUUGGGUCCCGGGGGUCCUAUGAAGGGGCCCGCUACAGCCGCACCAACUCCAACCAGGGGGAGCAGGUUGAGAAGAACAUCCUGGUGUCUGACAUGGAGCUGAACGAGCAGGCAGAGUAGCAGAAAACCGACCUGGAACGACCAACCCAGAACGGGGACCGAACUUUACACAGAAGAGGCUGAUUCAGACAGACAUUGUGGCAUUUAUGUUGUUGUCUCUUUUAAAACCAAAAAAGAUUUUUAAAGUGCUGAAGGGCUGUGUAGAGCGCAGCAGAUGUUUAGUUUUUAAAUUGAAUCCCCGCCUUCUCAAUCCUUUUCUACCAAGACUUAACAGUUCUACCAAUUUCUCUCCAGACAAAUCAGGUCCUUUCAUACGUCCACAACAGUGGUCAUAAUCGGAUCUAUUGGGAGUUUAGGUUAAUUGCAGAAGCUGGAAAAGUUCAACAUAAAUCGGUUUUAUGAAAUCACUCCUCACUGUCCCCUCUGGUGCCAAUGUAAAUUUUUGCUCAGUGUAAAUUUGCUUUUUUGUUCCCAUUUCGAUUGAAAGACUUACAAAGCAAAAAAGUACAAUCACAGCCACAGAUCGACUCUUAACUGAAACCAUUUGUCUCUGUCCUCUAAAUACAUAGCCACAGUCUACUUUGGGACCAAAUUCACUUCUUCUUUUACUUCUGUUUUGCCAUGACAGUAUUUACAUGAACUUGAGGUGUGUUUUUGUUGUUUUAUUGCAUUCAUGUCCUUCCUAUUGAUUUUUUUCGUUAUCUGUGCAGCUGUAGAGAACUGUUACUGAUGAUGCAUGUGUGGUUUUUGUGAGUCCGCCUCUCUCCUUCUUCCUGAUCUGACACGUCAGCACCAGCUGGCAGAAGAGCAGAGGAGGAAAAAGUCCAAAUGUGAAUGUGUGGAGGGUGACAGGGACCAUUAUUAGUGGUAAACCGUCUGAGGGUAGUACACUUUUGUGCGCAUUACUAAUACUUAGUACUGUACUUAGUGUUGAAAGCUGGUCUUUAAGUAGACUACAUUGUCUUUUUGGUACUGCAGGACUGAAAGUUGUCAUGAAAUUAUCGGACUUUCAGCUCCCAUGGCUCUCUGUUCAUUUUGGCACUUUCUUCUAUUAUCUUGAGUUAAUUCAUUCUUGGUCGUCACUUGCCUUUAGUCAUUCCAAACUUGUGUUUGUUUUGGCUCCUAAUGUACCAUCUGGUGCUGAUUCAGCAAUUUUUAAGAGCAGUAAUCCUCUUUGUAUGCAACAUGAAAAAGCAGUUGCAAUUUGAUAUUUCUCUUGAUUCGUCAUUUUUAUGGACACAGUUCACUUCUCUGUAUGCUUUAUCACUCAGAUAUUUUUCACAAUUUGUCUUUUUAAUGAUGCAGGUUUAAUAUGUGUUUUGACUUAAAUACGACUGUAAACUUCUCAUUGCCCCACAAAAAAACCCUCAAGUGAAUGACUAUGUUGUAUAUAUGAGAGCCAAAGAAUGUUUUAAAAGUGAAUUCACUAUGUUGUGUACGAAGACCUCCUUCCAUUCUUUUUCUACGUCAUUUUAAGAUUUCACAUUUGCGCAGGGUAAUGACCACGAGUUAAUUUGCCUUCUCAAACAUUUUUCUUUUCCCCUCAGCUCUUGCUUCUGAGUGCAUUUCUGUCUUUCUGCCUGCAGGAAUUUCUUGCAGCCAUUUCAGUCUGAGGCUUUUGGUGUCUCACAGUGCUGCUGUGAAAAAAAAAAUACUUUUUUUUGCUGCCUGAGUUGGACUAAGAUAGAGGGGGAAGGGAGGAGGAGAGGGGGGAAGGAGAAGUGUGUGUGUGUGUGUGUGAGUGAGUGUGUGCAGUCUCCAGCUGUGGAAUGUUGAGUCGGCAAGAAGAGCUCAGUGGCACGUCUGGAACCAAUCAGAGAAGGGGUGCUCAGGGACAUGAAGGGUCAGAAAGAAGAUAGAAAAAAAAAGGAAAACUGGAUGAAGGAGAAAAAGGGGGAAAGGAGGAGUGUGAGGAGGAGUCAGGGUUGUAGGAAGAGAGGAAUCAUGCAGACAAGGAGGAGUGUAAAGGGUGCAGGAGUUUGUCCCAGGUUUACCCUGGCCUCUGCUGGUGGUUUUACUGUAAAGGUUUGUCUUUGUAUACAGUAGAAUGAAAACUGUUUAAGGUGAGGUGAAGAUGCGAGACCAUCGGUGUUCCCUAAAUGAGAUCAUCUCUGCGAUGCAGGUCAGAUCUUGUCCCUGUGAAGAUUAGCUGAAGCACAUGUUUUUGUUUUGUUUUUCUG